AUGGGCGCCGGGGACAGCGGGCCGCGGAGCCAAGGCUCCCCCUGCGCCCCCAGCCCGCGCUGCGCCCUGCCGCCGUCCCCGCGCGCCAUGAACGUGCUGGCCCCGGUGCGCAGGGACAGGGUGGUGGCCGCGCUGCCGCAGUGCUUCCGCAAGGAGGCCGCCGCGCACGGCCGCCCCGCGUUCCACGCCGCCGUGGCCGCCGCGUGCCGGGAGCAGCGCACGGGCACCGUGGGGUUCAAGAUCUCCAAGAUCAUCGUGGUGGGAGACCUCUCGGUGGGGAAGACCUGCCUCAUCAACCGCUUCUGCAAGGACACCUUUGACAAGAACUACAAGGCCACCAUCGGGGUGGACUUCGAAAUGGAGCGCUUCGAGGUGCUGGGCGUCCCCUUCAGCCUGCAGCUGUGGGACACGGCCGGCCAGGAGCGCUUCAAGUGCAUCGCGUCCACCUACUACCGCGGUGCCCAAGCCAUCGUCAUCGUGUUCGACCUCAACGACGUGGCCUCCCUGGAGCACACGCGGCAGUGGCUGGCGGAUGCCCUCAAGGAGAACGACCCGUCCAACGUCAUCCUCUUCUUGGUGGGCUCCAAGAAGGACCUGAGCACGCCGGCGCAGUACAGCCUCAUGGAGAAGGACGCGCUCAAGGUGGCCCAGGAGAUGCAGGCCGAGUAUUGGGCCGUCUCCUCCCUCACCGGGGAGAACGUGCGGGACUUCUUCUUCCGCGUGGCCGCGCUGGCCUUCGAGAGCAGCGUGCUGGCCGAGCUGGAGCGCGGCGGCGCGCGCAGGAUCGCCGACACCGUGCGGAUCAGCAGCCCCGAGAGCGACCUGUACCUGACGGCGCCGCGCAGGAAGCCCAAGUGCUGCCAGUGAGGAGCCUCCCUGCACCCAAACCCAGACCAAAGAGC